AGCAGGCAACGUUCUCGCCCUCUUUCCCUCGCUCUCUACGCACUCUUCAGCUGUGACGAAGAGAGCUUUUAGUCAAUUGAAUCUCAAAGAGUCCUUAUUUUAGCCCACAGUUGAUUUUCAGCUUCUUUCCCGAGUUUUAUAAUGGGUAAGGAGAAGGUUCACAUCAACAUUGUGGUCAUUGGCCAUGUCGACUCUGGGAAGUCGACCACCACUGGUCAUUUGAUCUAUAAGCUUGGCGGUAUUGAUAAGCGUGUGAUUGAGAGGUUCGAGAAGGAGGCUGCUGAGAUGAACAAAAGGUCGUUCAAGUAUGCCUGGGUGCUUGACAAGCUUAAGGCUGAGCGUGAACGUGGUAUUACUAUUGAUAUUGCCCUGUGGAAGUUUGAGACCACCAAAUACUACUGCACUGUCAUUGAUGCCCCAGGACACCGUGACUUUAUCAAGAACAUGAUUACUGGUACCUCACAGGCUGACUGUGCUGUUCUCAUCAUUGACUCAACCACUGGUGGUUUUGAAGCUGGUAUCUCUAAGGAUGGUCAGACCCGUGAGCAUGCUUUGCUUGCGUUUACCCUUGGUGUCAAGCAGAUGAUUUGCUGCUGCAACAAGAUGGACGCCACAACACCAAAGUACUCCAAGGCAAGGUAUGAUGAAAUUGUUAAGGAAGUGUCUUCUUAUCUUAAGAAAGUUGGUUACAACCCUGAGAAGAUCCCGUUUGUCCCAAUCUCUGGUUUUGAGGGUGAUAACAUGAUUGAGAGGUCUACCAACCUUGACUGGUACAAGGGUCCCACUCUCCUUGAGGCUCUUGACCAGAUCAACGAGCCCAAGAGGCCCUCAGACAAGCCACUCCGUCUCCCACUUCAGGAUGUUUACAAGAUUGGUGGCAUUGGAACUGUACCUGUUGGUCGUGUUGAGACUGGUGUCCUUAAGCCUGGCAUGGUUGUGACUUUUGGUCCCUCUGGUCUGACCACUGAAGUUAAGUCUGUUGAGAUGCACCAUGAAGCCCUCCAAGAGGCUCUCCCUGGUGACAAUGUUGGGUUCAAUGUUAAGAACGUUGCUGUUAAGGAUCUCAAGCGUGGUUUUGUUGCUUCAAACUCUAAGGAUGAUCCUGCCAAGGAGGCUGCCAGCUUCACCUCUCAGGUCAUCAUCAUGAACCACCCUGGUCAGAUUGGAAAUGGAUACGCCCCAGUCCUUGACUGCCAUACAUCCCACAUUGCUGUCAAAUUUGCUCAACUGUUGACCAAGAUUGACAGACGAUCUGGCAAGGAGCUUGAGAAGGAGCCUAAGUUCUUGAAGAAUGGUGAUGCAGGGAUGGUGAAGAUGGUUCCAACCAAGCCCAUGGUUGUGGAGACUUUCUCAGAGUACCCACCACUUGGACGUUUUGCUGUCAGGGACAUGCGCCAGACUGUCGCUGUUGGUGUCAUCAAGAAUGUUGAGAAGAAGGACCCAUCUGGUGCCAAGGUCACCAAGUCGGCUGCCAAGAAGAAAUGAGAUUGCAUUUGAGAGAUAAUCAUCACUGCUAGGACAGUUUACUUAAUUUUGGUCUUAUUUUUAUUUAUAUGGCAGUUUUAUGGACCAAUUUUAAUAUCCUAUCUUUCUGUGUCUUGUUUUUGUUGAGACUUUUAUCAAGUUGUCGAGGUCUUGUUUACUUUUUCUAUGUCAAUUGUCGUUGAAUGCCUUCAAACAAUUAUAGUUUGAUAUUUAAGUUUUGAUGUCAAUAAGUCUCAAUCGAUUGCUGCUUUAGCCUUGAA